UCUGUGCAGAGCUCCGGGGUCGGAAGCUCUCUUUUAAGAGGGCAACACUUGCCGGAAGUCAGGGUGGGAAAUACGAAACGCGGCGAUUUCGACAUGAGUUUCCUCAGUGUCCUACGUCUGUUCCUGGAAGGAAAAUGGAAACAUUUUCCUGUUAUGAUGUGCCCAUCUCUGUACCACUCUCUGCAUAUGUCCUGCUGUCAGAGAAAAUCCAUAGCCCCAGUGAAGAAAACAGACUUUGUCUCAGUCUCAUCAGAUGAGAGCUUAAAAGACACUGGGAAAAGAUUGGAAGAUCUUUACUCUUCUGAAGAGAAAUCAGCUAUUUUGCAGGUGCUCAACACAGCAUCUGUCAAUGAACUUGGCGCUUUCACAUUUCUUCGAGGAAGGAAGUCCAUCAACAUUGUAAAGCACAGGGAAAAACAUGGACCCUUUCAAGACUUGGAAAGCUUAAUGGAAGUGCCCUUGUUUCAGUAUAAAAGUACAGUGAAGGUGUGUGACUCAAUUCUUCAUCCAGAGUCCAAAGAGAAAAAGAAAGAGAAAAAAAUACUGGAAAACUCAUUAGGAAAGUUUGUCAGACUGGGAAUAGAAAGAAAAAAACUUAAGGCAGCUAAGAGUAUUGUCUCUAUUGUUUUUGGUAACGAAAGAAUUGCCUGGGCUCACCUUGAUAACACAGUAAUGGUUCUUGACUGGCGACAAGAAAAUAACUUUAAACUGAUGAAAGAAACAUACACGCCGGCUAUGUAUCUGAAAAUGAUUUCUUCAGUAGUUUCAAAAAUUCCUGAAGCAGAUUUUUAUAUUUUGGAAAAAAGAACCUUUUCUCUUCAGCAGACCACUCUGUUUCCUGUCACGUUACACUUCCACAUUGUGGAGGCCAUGCUGUAUUCCUUGUUAAACAAAACGUUUGCUCAAGAUGGCCAACAUCGGGUGUUGAGCAUGAACCGUAAUGUGGUGGGGAAGCAUUUUGAUUUGAUGCUUGGGACUAUGCGAACUAGUGGCAUGGCCUUGGUGCAGCAGUUUCUCUCAGAUUUCCCAAAGCAAGAAAAGCCCCGGGUCUCCUUUCCACUCGAGAACCUAGUGCGCUAUAGAAGCAUGAUGGAGACUGAUGGAAGAAAAAUAAAGGAAGAAUUGUGGGAUUCCCUGCUGCAAGCAGUGGCUUUCUAUGAACUUUUCAUGUUCGACCCUCAAUCAUAAAGCUUUUCUUGGGUGCAAGAUGGCACAGACAAUGGCUCUUAAACCUUGUCUUGCUCACAGCAUGAUGUAACAGAGCACUGGACUUGGAGUCUGAAAUCCUGUGUUGUACACUUUCUGUCUGGACCUGAACAAGUUUCCUUAGCUUCCUCAACUGUAUGGCCUCUAAUUCUAAACCCUUCUAACUCUAAAGCGAUGAUUCCCAGCCCACUGGCCUCUUAAGUUGGCAACAAAGAACCAUUCCUGGACCUCUAGUCAGGCCUUUGGGCCUCGGGAGUCUUCAGCUCUCCCACCCAUCAGGCCUCCAGCAGUCUGUAUCACCCUCUUCUUUGUUUCUUCAGGACAGGAAGUAGAAGAGGUAGGUACCUUGCACUAGUCUCUGUGGAUAGAGCUGGUAUCGUGACCUUCCUCAUACAAAGCUGGAAAAGCUUCAGGUUCUGCAAACUGCCAGGCAGAAACUCAGAGCCUCCUUUUGAGAACCAGCAGAUAUGAUCUCUGCUCUCUACUGGUUUUUUUCCCCUAAACCACACUGACCCCAGAAAAAUGACUUAUUUAUGAAACGAGAGUGGAUUGGACUAGUUCGGCGUUUAGGAACUUUUUAGAGAUCAUGGGCUCAAACUGUACUCUCAAGCCACCUGUGAGCCUCCUACAUUACCUCAGAUGGCAGAGAGAAGGAGGAGAGAGGAAGUGCUUGCAUUGGGUAGCUUGGCAGAGGGGCAGAGCAUGUGAAAAAUGACCUCAGGUAUAGUAGAAAAGGGGAGUGGAGCAGCCCCUUCUGGCAUGCCAGGGUAUAUGGGCCACAUUUUCACCAAUGCUAGACUAAUUCCUUUCCAGUAGUAAUAUUAAAAAAUUCCAAAUUAUCCUUGGCUCUUAUUGGCAGCAUUUUUAAGAUUGUGUAAUAUGCCUACCUUUUUGUCAAAGACUGAGAGAACAUGAUUAGUUGAAAUUGGGAUUUUUAGACGUCUACCUGCAAAGCUUUUACAUUUUUAGUGAUUGGCUAAAAAGUGAUGUCAGAUUAGUUAUUUAGAAUGUUUACUGAGAGUCCAGUGCUAAAGUUACCAAGAUGGUAGCUCUCCUUCCUUCUACUUGUCUGGCCUCUUAGAUGAUGGUGCAUAUGACAUAUGACCUUGCCCUUGCAAGCUGUGCCAUACGUGGUGUUACACUACAGGUUGACAAAAUGACAUGUAUUCUCAUUUGGGGUUUUUAAUGUUUGUGUCUCCCCAGGAAAUAUUGGAAUAAUAAAAGCUCCUACUCUCUGGUGACAAGCCCUAUUGUAUUUAAUUAUUUCUGCUUUCCUUUUGCCUGCCUCAGGGUUUGGGCUUUUUUAAAAGCCUUUACUAUCUGGUUCCUUGCUACCUUUCCAGUCUCCUUAUACUUUACUUCAUUCUAUGGACUCUGUGAUAGAGCACCCCUAGCCUCCCUGCCAUUGCAGAUAGGAAGCUGUCCUUGGAUUCAGAAAGACCUAGGUUUAAGUCUCCCACUUUGGGCUAUAAGAACAUUGGCAAAUCAAUUAGUUAGCCUCCCCUGCUCUAGGCUAGAAGUGUAAAACAACCUUUUGGCAAUAAUUUAGAGUAGUGAUGGCAAACCUUUUAGAGACAAUGCCAUGCCUUGUCCCCUACUGUGAACUGUGUCCCACCCCUACUGCGUGCCUUGCCCCUCCUCCCACCUUGUGCUAUGCUCCCUACAGUGUGCUGGAGAGAAGGAGGGGAGUGUCCCAAGCUCUCUGCUCAGGAGAGGGAAUAAGUGUGCUUCCAUUGGGCUGCUGGGCAGGGGGGGAGGGGGGGGAAGGAAGCAGCUCCACCCAAGUCCCUCUGCCUUUCUAAUAACUAACUGGUGGUCAACUGCAUAUGUGCCCACAGAGAGGGCUCUAUGUGCCAUCUUUGACACAUGUACCAUAGGUUUGCCACCACAGCUCUAGAAUGUCAAGGAACAAGAUUAAAAUAUAAUUGGGAAAUAUUUAACAAGAUAAAUACAAAUACAAUAAGACAUAGAUAAUGUUAAUGCCUAUCAUUUGAUCUUUUGCAUUUGUCAUCACUCACAGAUUUAAUUUCUUACAUCACCAUUUCACUGUUUCUUAUCUGUUUUCUCCUAAUUUUAACAGCCAUCUGUCUUUCACUAUUUUCUCCCAUCUCCAUGUACCAAACUACAUACAUUAUAAUCCUGGCUUCAUAAUUCUCUUCUAACCAUAUCUACAUAUUUGGGUUUAGUCUCUGAUUUUAUAGCUUCUCUCAUUUGCUGCAAAUCUGUUGCAUGUUGAGUGGAUUUUAACGUACAAUGAUCACAACAAGUGGGCUUUUGCUUAUGUAUUUUACUUUUGUGCUUUUGUUGUUACUAACUUCAUACUUCUUUUUUAGAAAACAGUCUUUGAUCAGGUAUCCUGUCUUAUGGCAGAAAAAAUCAUUGCCUAGUCUGUCUCUGCAUUGUUCUUGGCUUAUAAACAGGUUUUGGGUAUGUCCUAACAGUAUUCAACUUUUUAAUUUCUUCAAUUUCUUUGUCUCUUAAAUUUUUCUGUGAUUCUUCCAAUUUUUGCUAUAAAUCUGCCACCUGUUUACUUUGAUCUGUGUGACUCUCAAAUAUAUAUGAUGUACCCUCUCAUAAUUCAAUUAAACUCAGUGUCAUAUUUAGGAAAA